UCACUAUUUCACGUGGGUUCGUAUAACUAGAUUUCACGGGUUGCAAAUAUUUUAGUAAAACUAAACAAUUUCUAGACGUGCAACAAUCGAAAGUUAAUUCUAAACCAGCUAGGCAACAUAAUACAUUAGUAUGUCUGUGAAUUUAUAAUAGUAAAAGAAAAUAUAAUAGGAAGUUUAUAUUUAAGAUCGUGGAAAUUUUUUUUCGUAUAUAGGAACUUGUCAAGUAGACGUUUGAUAAACCCUGAUGUAGACAAUUUUAAAGUUGGACAAUCUUCAUAGAUUUAUAUAGUAAAGGUAUAUAAUCUGUUUGUAAUUUAUACACAUUUGGAAAUAUUCAGGAAACUUGAAUGUAAUCAAAUUUAUUAACAUUUGAUUCGGUGUUUUUUUUUGCUUUGCAAUCAUAUAAAAGUGAUGAUUAAAAAAAUAAAUUAUACAAAUAACGUUGUCGAUUUUAAUAAACAAAGCUUACUACAAUAAUCAUGGAUGUAACGAUCGCUAAAAGGGAAGCAAGAAGAAGACGAAUUUUAGAAAAUUCAGAACGUCGUUUACAAAAAAUUACUGGUAAAAAUGAGCAAAAUGAACUCGAAGAUAUGUUAACUGAGCGGAAUCCAUCCAAUAUAUAUUCAAAUGAAUUAGAUUUAGAAGUAAAUGGUAUAUCCGUAAACAGAAAACCUUUCGAGGAUAAGAAUGAUACUUUAUAUUUUCGAGGUGAUAAUGCUGUAAUAAACAGAGAUAAGAAAAUUAUGGAAUCAUAUUUUGGCUUAAAUGAUGUAUUAAACAAUUAUUAUAAAUGUAACGAUACAGCAAAUGACCAACUCGAUUGUACAAAUAAUAAGUCAAAUUUAAAUCACCUUGAUUUUUGUAAUGAAAGUACAGAAUAUAUGCAAGAGAAGAAUGCAGAACCUAAUUAUCAAAUGCAAAACAACGUAUGCAAUAAGAGUAUAUUGCCAUAUAAUUUAUUAUCUAAUCAUAUAAGUUAUAUCGUGCUAGCACUUAUAGCUAACAUUCUAUUAUUAUUUAAAAUGGAUCAUCUAUUUGGGAAGUAUAUUCUUAUACCGUGUAUUAUUAUGAUGCUUGGACGUUUAUACACUCAUACUAACAUUCAAGAACCACAACAUGGAAGUCCAUUAAUUGCUACUUUGAUCUUAUGUAAUAUCAAGCCUGUGUUAACUUAUCGAAUUUCAAAGGCAUUAAGCAUUCUUACCUUAAUCAUUACAGAUUUAGCGUUAUAUAUAUUCAGCUUUACUUUGAUCUAUUGUGGAAUUACUUAUUAUUUACAAGAUUUUAAUAUUUUAAUUGCAUCAGUUAUGUAACUACAUAAUAGAAAGAUAAUGUUUUGUUGAAAAUUAUUAGUAAGUAAUUAUGUAUAAGAGAAGAGGGAGUAAAAUGUUUUAUAGAAUAAUAUAUAUGUAUUCACUCACAACACAUACACACAUACAUAUUAGAUAUGAUUUUGAAUAAAAUUAUUAUUCUCUUAUUAAAUAAAUACGUAGAUACAAAGUAA